AUGGCUCCACCAACCCAGUAUCCAGGACACUUCGAUGUGACUUCUCUCCUAACCGUCAUUUGCGCCACUCUCGCAAGCUAUAAUGCUCUCGAACUCAUCCUUCUCAUUUUCACAACCUUCAACGCUUAUCAUGGCCUCUACUUCUGGUCAAUGGUUACUGCGACAGGAAGCAUUAUUCCCUACGUGAUCGGGAUGAUUAUCAUGUUCUUUCACCCUCAAUUCAAACUCGCAGCACUAAUAGUAAACAAUAUUGGGUGGAUACUAAUGGUAGUUGCUCAGAGCGUUGUGCUUUACUCGAGGCUGGGCUUCGUGCUUGGCAACGCCCAUUCGAGAAUACUGGUCUUCACCAAAUGGAUGAUCAUCAUUGACGCCUUCAUCUUCUACACACUAGCUACAACCAUUGUCUUUGGAAUGCACUACUCAGGACUUCCGAGUUUCGCUGAAGGCUACAUCUACGUUGAACGCCUUCAGAUGACCGGCUUCUGUAUUCAGGAAUUCAUCAUUUCCGGACUGUAUAUCUUGAAGACACUCGACAUCCUCCAAGCAGGAGAAAAGAAACAGGCGCGAAGGACGUUAUGGCAGCUUUUUGCUAUCAAUGUCGUCAUCGUUGCACUUGAUGUAGCCUUACUUGUGCUCGAGUACUUGAGCUUGGCCAGCAUACAGAUUGCUUUCAAAGCACUGGCUUACUCGGUAAAGCUGAAAAUGGAGUUUGCUAUACUGGGCAAGUUGGUUGAGUCCUCGAGUCUGACUCAGCAGACUCUGUCUGUUUCUCUCAGCAACGCGAUGUCGCUGGAUGACCGGAAUCCUUCGUUCGGAGUAAUAUCCAAUCCGUUCUCUCCUAAGUUCAAUACUUCAGCCUUAGCAACAUGGCAUGAAAAGAAGACAACAAGUUCGUUGGACCAAAGCGAGCACCAACGCCAUGAGUCCUUCGGAACGAUCUCGUACCAACCUGACACUUCUGAGGCACGACUGGUCAAUACCAGCUCAACCACCGCACGUCCAUUUGCGUCCAGCCGGAAAGGCUCCGAUGCAUAUCACGACAUGAUUAAGAUGAUGACAUGGGACGAGGCUUGA